GCCUGCCUCCCAAACUUCAAAUUUCAAAAUAAAUAAUUAAAAAAAAUCCCCCCAAUAAAUAAAAGCAUCACCAGUACACGAGCUACAAGAAAAGGCAAAGAAUAGAAUAACCCCCCAAUCCCCUCGCUGGACUUAAAACUCCCAUUCAUUUCGAGAAACCGACAGCGUUGAAAUCGAUGGAGUCAUCUCCGGCGACGGAAGGAUCGACGGCGAGGACGGUGGCGGCGAGAUCAUCGAUCUUGGACUCGGUGCGAGCGUGCGGAGUGAUCGCCGGAGCUAAGAUCGACAAGGAGGAGCUGAGGCGGCGGAUCACGAUACCGGAGUACUUAAGGAGGGCGAUGAAGGAGGCGGUGAUGGAGCAGACGACGUCGGCGACGGCGAGCAAGGCUGGGGUCGUGGAGGAGCUCGGCCAGGAGUCGCCGGAGGCUCCGAUCGUAGUGUUCGUGAACUCGAAGAGUGGAGGGAGGCACGGGAAAGCUCUGCUGGAGAGGCUACAGGAACUCAUGGGAGAGGAGCAGGUUUUUGAUCUCUCACGUGUGAAGCCUCCUCAGUUUGUUCAGUUUGGCUUAGGUGUUUUGGAGCAGUUGGCCGAUCUUGGCGAUGAUUGUGCAAAGAGCGUUCGUCAGAAGCUGAGGGUUGUGGUUGCCGGUGGUGAUGGGACUGUAGGUUGGGUAUUAGGGAGUCUUGGAGAACUUUUUGAGCGCAGAGAGCCAGUUCCUCCAGUUGCUAUUAUUCCACUUGGCACGGGCAACGAUCUUUCGAGGAGUUUUGGUUGGGGUGGUUCAUUUCCUUUUGCAUGGCGAUCUGCUGUGAAACGAAUUCUCCAAAAGGCAAGUAGUGGUCCUAUUUGCCGUCUUGACAGUUGGCAUGUCUUGGUCUCGAUGCCAGCAGGAGAAAAAGUCGAUCUACCAUACUCUCUUAGGCACAUGGGAGAAUGCACUUUAAAUGAGGACGUGGUGACAGAAGGUACUGUUCCUGAAAAGGUUUUAUGCUUUGAAGGGGUCUUCUACAAUUACUUUAGCAUAGGAAUGGAUGCUCAAGUUGCUUAUGGCUUCCACCAUCUGCGUAACACAAAGCCUUACCUCGCUCAAGGACCAGUUUCUAAUAAGUUGAUUUAUUCUUCUUAUAGCUGCACUCAAGGAUGGUUCUGUACACCUUGCCCGAGGGUAGUCCCAGAACUUUGAUGCAGGGGACUCAAAAAUAUUCUGCGACUUCAUAUCAAAAAGGUCAAUUGUUCAGAAUGGGAGCAAAUCCCAAUCCCUUCAGAUGUUAGGUCAAUAGUAGCAUUAAAUCUUCACAACUAUGGUAGUGGGAGGAAUCCAUGGGGUCAUCCCAAGCCUGAAUAUCUUGAAAAGAGAGGCUUUGUUGAGGCCCAUGCCGAUGAUGGUCUGCUUGAAAUUUUUGGUCUGAAGCAUGGGUGGCAUGCCUCAUUUGUUAUGGUUGAACUCAUUGAUGCCAAGCACAUUGCUCAGGCGGCUGCAAUUAGGUUGGAGAUCAGAGGUGGGCGGUGGAAAAAGGCUUAUAUGCAAAUGGAUGGCGAGCCAUGGAAACAGGCAAUUAAUGAGUACUCAACUAUCAUUGAUAUAAAGAGGGUACCUCAUCAAUCUCUCAUGAUAAGCGGAGAGUAAUUCUUGCGUGAACUCAUCAUCAGAUUGAAUUACAUAUUUAAGCAAGGAAGUUCAUGGUUCGUGUGAGCUCCUACUGAAUUAGACACAACUACUGUGUCACUUGAUGUUACUGUAUUUUGCUAGCAAAAAGUAAGUUUAUGAAGUUUAAUUAUUCUUUUUAGACGUAAGUUGAUUAAGAGGGCUGAGGUCAUGCUCCUGUAUAUUUUAUAUGGAUGGUGAAAAUUUAUUGUAUAUAUUAUGCAGCUGGUUUUCUAUGGAGCUUCAUUCUUUUCCAAAUAGUUAUUGUAUUAAUAUGUGGUUGUUUAGUCUAUUUGGAACAAAUUCUCCUUUCCUCAU